AUGGAGAAAAACGGUGAAAACUCAAUCGUUAUAAGCGUUGAUCCAAAACCAACCACUGAUCAUGAAACAGUUAAAAUCCCACGAAAUCGCUCCCUUGAGAAGAGGAAUGGAUCCAAGAACAUUUUCAAGAUGGCGCUUGUCAUGAUGCGAGGUCGUAACCGGAAAUCAAAAGUGCUCCCUGAAAAUGAUGAUGAUGAUGAUGAGUCUAGAAGCGUCUGGAAGAAGCUUGUGGGGUCCAUGCGACCGUUGCAUCUACAAUCUGGAAGUCCUCGACACAAUGGCGGCCAGACACCAAAAAAGAUGAACACAACUGCACCGUCUGAAAGCGGUGACGAUGGAUUUGACUCUGCAUCUGAGUAUGCGUAUUCUCCAUCUGCUACCAGUAGCCGUUACGCUUCUGCCGUUGGGCUAAACGAAAUGGUGCAGGAUGAGGAGAACCAGAAGGAUGAGGAGAUUAUUGUGAAGGAGGAUAACGGUAAUGGUGAUGGUGAUGACAUGAUUGAUGCAAAGGCUGAUGAGUUCAUUGCUCAGUUUUAUCAACAAAUGAGGUUGCAGCGAAUGGAUACCAUGGAUCGUCGUUACAGAGAGAUAAGUCUGAGAUCCUUAGGCUUAUGA